AUGCAGCAUUUGAAAUGCAGUUCGCCGUGUGGCGACUGCUUAGAGCAGCCGGUAUCGACUGAAACAUGCGGUCCGUCUAUCACUCAGGCAAACAAACGAAAAGAAUUCCAAUCACCAUUACCUCCAGGAGCACACAAUAUAAUAGAAAAAAUAAAAGACAUUUAUGAGAAUGUCUUUGCAAACGAUUUACACGGAAUAAACGAAAGCAUUACAGAUGAAAAUAUUAACCCAAACAAACCAUCCUCUACUUGUUUUCUUGAAGAAGAUCCUCUUUUGGUCGGAUAUCAAAAUGCGGCUUCACCAGAUUUACUCUCGUCAAAAAAUCUACAUGCUCUGUCCUUAAAUAACAGCUCAGCUUUAAGUCUGUUAAAUACUACCUUGAUAUCAGAUUUAUCACCUUUCCUACAAUCGAUUACCCCGGCUGUGGACAAUAACGGACAAACACCUAUACCAUCACCAGCAAAACCCUCUGGUGAAGCAGGUAACGAUUUUGUAUGUCCCACUCACGAUAAUGAUACGGACUACAGCAACUGUCCCUCAAUCAAUACAGUUGUGUCUUCAUGUCAGUCGUCUCCAGCGCCUCUUAUUCGAUGUAGAGGUAAAAAACGUGUCCAAAAUUAUGAUGUGACUAGAAAGCGCUUAACAAAUGGUGGAAAAGAAUACUCUUUCAAAAAAGGCCUUCUUGUACCAGCAAAAACUAUGGAUUUCUUGAAAAGGGACACACCCAAAACGAGGGUGAUUCUGUCCAGUGUCAUUGAAAGGGCUGCUGAGCACAAAACAAUUUAUACACCAGAUGAAUGGAAAUUACUUGUACGUUGGGCUAAAGUAACAGGUGAAUUUAGUUUUAUAGAAUCAAGACGUGGUAAUAAAAUGCUCUCGUAUAAAGGAUAUAACUUCAGUCUUGAGAAGUCUCGAAAUGUUUCAUCUAAAAAGAGAUGGCGAUGCACUCGCUGGCAACAAGGAUGUAGAGCUUUCGUGGUCACAGUAGAAGACGAAAUCGUUAAAAUUGGGAAUUCCCAUUUAAACCAUUAG